UAAAGGGGCUGCGGCGAGGCCGGCAGAACGCUGUGACAGCCACACACCCCAAGGCCUCCAAGAUGAGCUACACGCUGGACUCGCUGGGCAACCCGUCCGCCUACCGGCGGGUCACCGAGACCCGCUCCAGCUUCAGCCGCGUGAGCGGUUCCCCGUCCAGCGGCUUCCGCUCGCAGUCCUGGUCCCGCGGCUCGCCCAGCACCGUGUCCUCCUCCUACAAGCGCAGCGCGCUCGCCCCGCGCCUCGCUUACAGCUCGGCUAUGCUGAGCUCGGCCGAGAGCAGCCUCGACUUCAGCCAGUCCUCAUCGCUGCUCAACGGCGGCUCCGGCGCCGACUACAAGCUGUCCCGCUCCAACGAGAAAGAGCAGCUGCAGGGGCUGAACGACCGCUUCGCCGGCUACAUCGAGAAAGUGCACUACUUGGAACAACAGAACAAGGAGAUUGAGGCAGAGAUCCAGGCGCUGCGGCAGAAGCAGGCCUCGCACGCCCAGCUGGGUGAUGCUUACGACCAGGAGAUCCGAGAGCUGCGCGCCACCCUCGAGAUGGUGAACCACGAGAAGGCUCAAGUGCAGCUGGACUCCGAUCACUUGGAGGAAGACAUCCACCGGCUCAAGGAGCGCUUUGAGGAGGAGGCGCGGCUGCGGGACGACACCGAGGCUGCCAUCCGCGCGCUGCGCAAAGACAUCGAGGAGUCGACGAUGGUUAAGGUGGAGCUGGACAAGAAGGUGCAGUCGCUGCAGGACGAGGUGGCCUUCCUGCGGAGCAAUCACGAAGAGGAGGUGGCCGACCUGCUGGCUCAGAUCCAGGCGUCGCACAUCACGGUAGAGCGCAAAGACUACCUGAAGACAGACAUCUCCACAGCGCUGAAGGAGAUCCGCUCCCAGCUCGAGUGUCACUCAGACCAGAACAUGCACCAGGCCGAAGAGUGGUUCAAAUGCCGCUACGCCAAGCUCACUGAGGCGGCCGAGCAGAACAAGGAGGCCAUCCGCUCCGCCAAGGAAGAGAUCGCCGAGUACCGGCGCCAGCUGCAGUCCAAGAGCAUCGAGCUCGAGUCGGUGCGAGGCACUAAGGAAUCCCUGGAGCGGCAGCUCAGCGACAUCGAGGAGCGCCACAACCACGAUCUCAGCAGCUACCAGGACACCAUCCAGCAGUUGGAAAAUGAGCUUCGGGGAACAAAGUGGGAAAUGGCUCGUCAUUUGCGAGAAUACCAGGAUCUCCUUAACGUCAAGAUGGCCCUGGACAUCGAGAUAGCCGCAUACAGGAAACUCCUGGAGGGUGAAGAGACCAGAUUUAGCACAUUUUCAGGAAGCAUCACCGGGCCUCUGUACACACACCGACAGCCCUCAGUCACAAUAUCCAGUAAGAUUCAGAAGACCAAAGUCGAAGCCCCCAAGCUCAAGGUCCAACACAAAUUUGUGGAGGAGAUCAUUGAAGAAACUAAAGUGGAAGAUGAGAAGUCAGAGAUGGAAGACACCCUCACAGCCAUCGCAGAGGAGUUGGCAGCCUCUGCCAAAGAGGAGAAAGAAGAGGCAGAAGAAAAGGAAGAGGAACCAGAAGCUGAAAAGUCUCCCGUGAAGUCUCCUGAGGCUAAGGAAGAAGAGGAAGGGGAAAAGGAAGAAGAGGAAGGCCAGGAGGAAGAGGAGGAGGAAGAUGAAGGUGUCAAGUCAGACCAGGCAGAAGAGGGGGGAUCUGAGAAGGAAGGGUCUAGCGAAAAAGAUGAAGGUGAGCAGGAAGAAGAAGGGGAAACUGAGGCAGAAGGUGAGGGAGAGGAAGUGGAAGCUAAGGAGGAAAAGAAAACUGAGGGAAAGGUUGAGGAAGUGGCUGUCAAGGAGGAAAUCAAAGUCGAGAAGCCGGAGAAAGCCAAGUCCCCUGUGCCAAAAUCACCCGUGGAAGAAGGAAAGCCAAAGCCAGAAGCCAAGGCCGGGAAGGUUGAGAAGAAAGAGGAAGAGAAAGUUGAGGAGGAGAAGAAGGAAGUCACCAAGGAAUCACCCAAAGAAUCACCCAAGGAAUCACCCAAGGAAUCACCCAAAGAAUCACCCAAGGAAUCACCCAAGGAAUCACCCAAAGAAUCACCCAAGGAAUCACCCAAGGAAUCACCCAAGGAAGAGAAGGUGGAGAAAAAGGAGGAGAAGCCAAAAGAUGUUCCAGAUAAGAAGAAGGCCGAGUCCCCAGUGAAAGAGAAGGCUGUGGAGGAGGUGAUCACCAUUACCAAGUCAGUAAAGGUGAGCCUGGAGAAAGACACCAAAGAGGAGAAGCCUCAGCAGCAGGAGAAGGUGAAGGAGAAGGCAGAGGAGGAGGGGGGCAGUGAGGAGGAAGGGGGUGACCAAAGCCCACAGGAAUCCAAGAAGGAAGACAUAGCUAUCAAUGGGGAGGUGGAAGGAAAAGAAGAGGAGGAGCAGGAAACUCAGGAGAAGGGCAGUGGGCGGGAGGAGGAGAAAGGGGUGGUCACUAAUGGCUUAGACGUGAGCCCUGCGGAGGAAAAGAAAGGAGAGGAUAGAAGCGAUGACAAAGUGGUGGUGACCACGAAGGUAGAAAAAAUCACUAGCGAGGGGGGCGAUGGUGCUACCAAAUACAUCACCAAAUCUGUAACCGUCACUCAAAAGGUUGAAGAGCAUGAGGAGACCUUUGAGGAGAAGCUGGUGUCAACUAAAAAGGUAGAAAAGGUCACUUCACAUGCCAUAGUCAAGGAAGUCACCCAGGGUGACUAAGAUCGGAGUCCAUUGCAAAAGGUUAAGCCAUACGACAAUUUCAAAAUGCAUGUGAUUGACAGCUUCAAAACAGAAUGGGUUCUCCCAUGGGGGCUCCAGACAUUGUAUUUUCCUUUGUGCAAUAUGAGGGAACUGCAUGCAAGCUCAGGGUGCCCCCCUCCUCAGUCCUUAGGGGAAUUCAAAUGCAUGAUCGUGUAUGUACCUAGGGAAUUCGCCAGUUUCCUAAGCUGUUGGAAGAGGGGCACUGGGGGGAUGUCUUGAGAUGUAUUAUGCAAAGUACCAACUGAGCCAAAAAUAAUAAGUGAAACAGAACUCUCUUAGCCUUAAGAAAGCUAUAUAUGAAUACUUAUGUUUACCUCACUGGUGCAUUUAAAAUGGACUUCUGUUCAUGGGAGAACCUUGCUGACCUGCACAGUUCGCAACCUUAUGUUGAUCGAUGUAAAACGUCACAGCAGUCCUUGCUCAAUAAAGGUCAUACUGGAAACAUAA